CACACACUUGUAUUAUCGUUAUUCCUACCUGGCAGUCGACGCUCACAUUUUAUACCAUCUCAGAUCCAAGUACGCCUCCGCAAUAGGAACCAUGGCAGAUCCCGCCCCUAUUGGACCACCGAUUGAGCUUCCAGUCAUCGAUAUCUCAAACCCUGAUGACCCCACAGUGGGGAAGAAGAUGAUCGAUGCAGCGGCCAAGUACGGUUUCCUCUAUGUCAACAGCAAAGGCACGGAUUUUGCGGUUGAGGAUGUGGAGAAGGCUUUCAAGUUGUCCAAGGAAUUCUUUGCAUCUCCUUAUGAGGAAAAGGAAGGAUGUCGGAUUACGCCCAAUAACCGAGGCUGGUCAGGAAUGCAUACGGAGACGCUUGAUCCAGAGCAUCAGCGGACAGGUGAUUUCAAGGAAGCCAUGAACUUUGGCGAAUUCAAAGACGGAAAAGCGCAGCAGCCAUUGCCGCCUGCCCUUACUCCGCAUGAAGCAGAAAUUGCUCAUUUCGCGGCGCUUUGCAAUAAGACUUGCAGCCGUAUCUUGAAGCUGAUGGCACUUGGGCUCGAUAUCCAGGAGGAUUUCUUCACCUCCCGGCACGACGCCUCCAAUGGUCCCACAGGCUGCAUCCUCCGCUACCUGUACUACCCGUCGAUCUUUUCCCCCGCCACAUCCUCCUACAAGCAUGAGAUCGACGUCCGAGCCGGCGCUCACUCCGACUACGGGAGCAUCACCCUGCUCUUCCAACGGCCCGGUCAGCCCGGGCUGGAAAUUCUGACGCCGGAGGGCACAUGGGCACCAGUCCCCGUGCAACCGAACGAAGCCUUUUCUUCUUCUACUUCUUCUUCUCCCGCAUCGUCAACGGAAACCACAUUUCCCUUCCCUCCCAUCCUGGUCAACAUCGGCGAUCUGCUCAGCUACUGGACCGAUGGGCUUCUCCGCUCAACCGUUCACCGCGUGGUAUUCCCGCUCGCCGAACAGCGCAGCCCGAACCCACAGGACCGCUACAGCAUCGCUUUCUUCUGCCACCCCGUCGACGCCACAGAGCUUGUCCCUGUUCCCAGCAGUGUGGUCACGGCUUACCGCGAGCAGCAGCAGAACGCCCACAGUACCCAGGUUGGCUUUGGCGGUGGGGCAGGCAGUUUGGAGCCGGGGAGUAGGGCCUUGACCGCGCAGGAACAUCUCGAGGCACGCCUGGCGGCGACAUAUAGUUUCAAGACAUAGAUUGUAUCUAUGUCACUUAGCUAGGUAAUCUACUUGCUACUUUAGGUCCCAAAGGUACUCCGUACAUUACGACAGCCAAAUAUGCAAUGUUCCAGAC